AAAUUGGACUUUGAGUUGACAGGGUAAUUGAAAAUUGAGGAAAGGCAGUGGUGGGUUUUGGCUCAAGGCAGGAAAAGGAGAGGGAGAUAUUAUUAAGGGGUACAAUGGUCUUUACGGAGUAUCGGGAGCGAAGCCAUCCGUUCCGUGGUAAAGGCAUCAGUGUACAAGUGCUGCUUCCGUUGAGUAUGGCCUUGGUAAAUGGGAAUUGGUAAAAUCAAAAAACAAUGUGUAAUGUGUAAUUCCCCUCGCUCCGAGUCCCCCUCACUCCUUUUACCUGCAAUAUUACGUUACGCAACUGCAAAAGCCUCUGUACGGCGUCGUUCUCUACCCUUUCAUUUUCCCUUUCUCCGACUCCGACUGCCUUCUUAGACUCCACGGCCUCAGCUCUGUCUAAGGACUAACGCACGAGCCCGUAGAAGGGUAGAAUCAAUACGGGGAGAGAUGGAAGAUAAGGAAAAGAUGGGCCAAGAUUUGCCGAAAUGUUCCGACAUCGAACUUGUUGAUGCGAGUGUUCAGCAAGAAGAAGAAAAAGAAGAAGAAGAAGAAGGAGAAGAAGAAGAAGAAGAAGAAGAAGAAGAAGCUCCUAUUCCGCCAAAGGAGGAUCAAAACCCUAGCCCAAGUGAACCCUUAACUCACCCACACAGAGGAACCAAGCAUGACGACGACAACAAAAACGUCGAAUUGCCUGGUUCUGACGCUGUAAAAGUUGAUACCAAAGGCAAUGCCACUGCUGCUGGUCUUGGUGAAUCGCCAGACGAUGGAAAAGGCAAUGGCCGUAAUAUUGUUGUUGAAAAUCAACCUAAGCCCCCAAAAUUCACUUCUCCUGACAGAUUUUUUACUCCCAAAGCUGUUGAUAAAAAUGUGGGCGGGGUCAAUAGUGGUUUGGAUGAUACCGAGAUGGCCGAGGUUGAGGAGUAUGCGACACCGGAAGAUGGUUCAACAUCUGAGCGAGCAGCAUUUAUGAAGGAGCUGGAGAGUUUCUAUAGGGAGAGAGCAUUGGAAUUUAAACCCCCGAAGUUUUAUGGAGAGCCACUGAACUGCCUUAAGUUAUGGAGAGCUGUUAUUAGAUUGGGCGGCUAUGAUUUGGUGACUGCAUCAAAGUUGUGGCGGCAAGUAGGAGAAUCUUUCCAUCCUCCAAAGACCUGUACAACAGUCUCUUGGACAUUCCGUAUAUUCUAUGAGAAGGCGCUUCUGGAAUAUGAAAAGUAUAAGAGGCAAAUUGGUGAGAUUCAACUUCCCGUGGGAUCCCUUCCUCAGUCCACCAGUGUUGAGAAGGAGGCAAGUGGUUACCAGGCUCAAGGAUCAGGCAGAGCACGAAGGGAUGCUGCAGCUCGUGCAAUGCAGGGUUGGCAUGCUCAACGUCUUCUUGGAUAUGGAGAGGUUGCUGAGCCUGUCAUUAAGGACAAGAACUUAAAUUCUACAGCAAAGCGCGAAAAAAAUCUCAGAAGCAUUGGUAUGAUCCCUGGUUCACUGAAACACAAGACACCAACUAACCUGGAGCAUUCUGAGAAAACUAUAACUGUUGAAGCAGAUAAGCAACUGGUCACAGCAGUUGUUGAUGUUGGACCUCCAGCUGAUUGGGUGAAGAUCAAUGUUCGAGAAACUAAAGAUUGCUUUGAGGUUUAUGCACUAGUCCCCGGGCUUCUGCGUGAGGAGGUGCGAGUUCAAUCAGAUCCAGCUGGCCGUUUGGUCAUAACGGGUCAACCAGAACAACUUGACAAUCCUUGGGGUAUUACACCAUUUAGAAAGGUUGUAAGUUUACCUGCAAGAAUCGAUCCGCUGCACACAUCUGCUGUGGUUAGCCUGCAUGGUCGACUGUUUGUGCGUGUUCCUUUUGAACAGGGAUCAAUUUGACUAGUUGCUUAGUUGCUUAAUUGGGUCGGUUGAUGAAUAUUUCUCGGUGUAGGAGUCGAAAAUUUUUGGUGAAACCAAGGAUAGGAGGUCAAGUUUCGGAACUAGUUGCAUGUCGAAAUGCUAUAUAUAUAUAUAUAUAUAUAUAAAUAUAUAUAAUGCAAAUUACGGCUAGUUUGUUUCUA